GCCUUUUAAGCUUUUAUUUGCAUACAAAAAGGUGUAUUAUAGUUGUAUACAAAAAUUUUAUCAGCUGCUGCAUGCAUGCUGGACUUGGCUUAUCAAGAGGUGCGACGAUUUCCUCUAGUAUUGCAUGAUAGCAUCUUUGCACCCUUUAAUGGAACCACUGUAAAAUUAAGUAAAUAUACUUAGGGUGAUACUACAUCGAGCUUACGUGCGGGUAAAAGCACAGCCUGGCUCAGUUGAUUGCACUGUAACUAAUCAUCUGCACCCCGUCCCUAACGUGGCCAAAACUCGAUAAGAUAAAAAAAAUAUAUAUAUAAAAACCAAAGAAAGCACUUGAAAUGGCAGGUGUGCCUCCUAUAGCACCGCUUCUGUGCAGCACUCCGCCACCAAUUGAUUUUGGUGAAGAGGACGACGAUUCCGGUUUGCCGCCCACUUUAACACUUGAAGACGAUGAUGAAUACGGUGAUUUCGCGUUCGCCGCAGACAUAAAUGAGAAUGCAACAAAUACUGAUAUCCCCUCAUUGCCACGCACGCCGCUGCAGUUCGAACUAAGCUCGUCCACGACGAGUGGCUUUACCGAUGUACCACCAAGUUUAGAAGAGUGUGGUAAUGCACCGAUAACUCCACCUCCGCUGCAAACUGAACAUGACGUUUGUUCAGCCCGCGAGGAAGUUAAGCUAGAACUUAUCGAGGCAAUUAACUACAAUGUUGUAAGCAGAGAAACCAAUCAAGAGCGUAUUAGUGACGGUAUAACUAAUGUGGAUGAAACUAGCAAUACAAAUGAUUCAGUAACAAGCCACCCGCAACCAGAGAAAGACAAUAAUUGGGUUAUUCACAACUUGAGUGACACCAAAAUCACAAAUGAAACUUGCGCGGAAUCGGAAAGUCUGCCCAAGUUUGCACACACUACAGAUGCUAUUACAACUAAAGAAAAAAGUGGAACUAAAAAUGUAUCGAUAUUGUCUAAUGAGCAGGAAAUUAAAGCACAACCAAAUGCUAUAACGAUAUUUCCCGAAAUUCCUCCUCCCUUGACUCAACUUGUGCUGUUAGAAGAUAUAGCAGACGACAGUAGCGAUGAGGAGUGCCAUGGAUCUCCAAAAAAAUCCACCAUAUCAACAACGUCGCCCUUUACAAGCAGUGCUGACAUAAAUUCGGCGGAUUUCUUUGCAAUCCAUGUUAUUGGCGCGCCGUCUUCAACAAAAGAAGACAAACCACUGACAAAAGUGGAGGAUAUAAAUAUGAAUAGCUUGUCAAACCACGAUAAUAACAUCACCCAUGAAUUUGAAAAUAUUACUAAGACUACGCCCUAUGGCGGCGAGGAACUUAAUGAUGAUUUCGGUGAUUUCGCAGAUUUCGAAUCGGCAACUGAGAUUACAAACCCAACAACCUGCCCAAUGAAGACAGCCGAUUCGAAUGUGAUAACCAAGAGUGACUGCAAUGAUGUCGAACCCGUAGGCGAGCUCCCUGUAGAAAGUACUACCCAAAAUAAUGAUGAUGAGAACGAUUUUGAUGAUUUCCAAGACUUUUGUUCGGCACCAACAUCAGUUUCUGAUACUAAACCAAUUAUAUCAUCGCAAAAUUCAGAAGGUGUAGCAGCAACAUGUAAUGACGGGAUUAAAAAGGGUAUAGCACUAAAUGAAAAUAGUCUUGCAACGUUGAAAAUUGAUUCGGAAUCUCAAGCAAAAGAAGUUGAGAAUAGCGACGAUGACGACUUCGGCGAUUUCGAAGAAGCUUCACUUGCCAUACCCACUUCAGAAUUCACUGCAAAUACUGCUAUUAUGAAUACACAUACGCCACCUGCGACUAGUGGAAAUAUAAGUGACCGUAUAGGUUCGGUGUUAAAACUGAUGUUUCCACCUGCAGAGGAAUGUGUUGACAGCGACAAAGAAAGGACAGCGCCAGACGCUCUUUCCAGUUUGCAAUUACCAAACGGCACACUUCCUUUUGAGUCGAUAGAAGCUGCCAAAGCCUUGGAAUUUCAGUGGCCGCAGUCGGAAAUACGGCAUGCGCUUGUACGGUCAAUAGGCAUUGAUUCGAGAAACAUUCUCUUUGGCGAGAAUUGGAAUCCAUCAAUGCCCCGUUUUGCUGCCAAUCUCAGUUUUAAUCCGCUAAAGCCAUUGAAACCACAAACAGUCAACCCGUCAACAACAACAGCAGGCAUCGACUCGGAACAUUACAGCAAUGGCAGUGACGUUAGCAACUACUCUAUGAAAACGGAUGUACCUGAUGUUGAGUUCGAUUGGCAAAGCGCCGGUCUAGUGAAUCCACUUGACGGGGUCAAGGGGGAGACAAACACACGAGAGACUGAAACG